AUGCAUCACCUAUAGCAGUCAGUGGAGCGUUCCGUAGAAGGUAGUCUGAUUGAUUCAAUUUCCGUGCUCCAAAUCUGAAAAGUAAUCUAAACUUUGGAACUCACAACAAUUCGAUUGAGAAUCAAAGAAGAGGUACCAGUAUAGAUACGCAUAUAAAAUAAUACUGUUGAUUGAACCACACUUCCGAGAAGCCGGAAAUCAUUUUGCACUAAAGCGAGAAAAGCUAAAGGAAUCGAAUGCACAGAAGUUAUUUGCCUGACUAUUUGUUGGAAAGAGGGUUACUAUAGGAGCUGCUUCAGAUUAUCUGUGAAAAGAAAAUUAUGCGUGUGAAGGACAUUCCCUCGUACGAUUGGAAUGCCAGAAGCCCCAGAGCAGUCGAUGUCACUAGGCGGAAGGGAAAGACCGGCAGUUAAUUAAUGGUUGAUUCAUACUAAUUAAAAACUCUACCUCUCUGGAGAAGGAAGCUUCCAGAAAAGGGAAAAAAAUCCAGGAAGAAGGUACAUUCAGCAGCUGUGAAAAGUGGAAAACGUUGUGAGCUUAAAUAUUUGAUGAGGAAUGAUAAUUUUAAUUAAAAUUAAACUUGUGAUCAACAUAAACUGAUAAGGAAGGUAUAAAUAUAUUGAGGAAAACUCGUAUCAUUGUGGUGCUCAGAAAAGGGAAACCAACCUAACAAAGAGGGGUAAAAUUACCAGAGAAAAAGAGCAUGGCUAAAAUUACGUUCGGAAAAUUGUGCUUUCUAAUUAAUAUUCUGACUGCCUGUGCUGUGAUCGCACAGGCACAGGAAGAUGACACCGGUGCUAUGAUGACUAAGUUGUGUAACUUUGAUAAACCGCUAAUAGAUCCAACCGACGAUGCUGGUGGCAAGUAUUGUGACUGUGAUGUGGAAAAUUCGCCUCCAUGGGGAAUCCCAGUGGUAGUUAUUAGCUGCCAGGAUCAUCACCUACAAAAUGACAUUUUCCAGGCAGAAGUUUUACCGCAAGCAACCAUCAGAUUGGAUUUCUCGUACAAUAAGUUCACGUCGAUUCCAAACUUCAGCGGUGAUAAAUUGAAAUAUCUUAGUAUGCGCAACAACAAGAUAACAACUUUGCAAGAUAAGAACUUUGUCAAUAUUUCCAGCCUGGUGGAGCUGGAUUUAAGUGAAAAUGAAAUCGCGCUUAUCAACAGCAAUGCAUUUGAAGGAUUGAAAAUACUUCGCAAACUGAACCUAGCUGAAAAUCAAAUCAAAACGAUUCAGCCCAAUGCGUUCUCUCCGUUUAACCAUUUGGAACAUUUGGUGCUGUCGAACAAUCCUUUGGGUGAAUUUUUCAACAAAUCAGAAAAUGAUAUUUUCUUAAAGCUCGGCGUUACACCCAGAUUAAGCAUUAUAGAGCUUGAAAACUGUAGCCUCGUUCAGAUAGAUCUCUCCAAUGGAGUUGGUUUAGAUCACAUCAUUCUUAGCUCUAAUCAGCUAACACAGAUUCAAAAACUUCCAAGAGCGCUUUCUCACCUUGAUAUCAGCAACAAUCCUAUUCGAUUGAUGUCAGCAAACUUCCUACCUCAUUUAUCCAACCUUCAAAGUUUAACCAUGGAAGAUAUGCCCAAUCUCUACAGACUAGAUGAAUAUGCACUAUUUGGACUUCCUCGGUUGACACAUCUUAAUUUGCAAGGAUCACGAAAUCUAUCCAUGAUAGAUCCACAUGUUUUUGGAAAAAAUGUAGUGCUGAACGAAACCGACACCGUAUUGGAGGAACUGAUUCUGAAAGGAACUAACGUACGAACGCUGAACUCAUCUCUCCAAUUUGCUUUCGAGCAACUUAAAACGCUAGAUCUCACAGGAACCCCUCUAAAUUGUGACUGUCAAAUUCGAUGGUUGAAAGAAACGUCUUUCACUACGAUGGCAACAUGUGCAAAACCAGCCUCCCUAAGAGGAGCUCAACUAUCCGAGGUGGAUAUCAAUAAGUUGCAAUGCAAAGUAGAGAAAUCAUGGAUCUACACUAUGUUUAACGUGCUUCUAAUAAUCCUUUUGAUCGUACUGGUCAUCGCUGCGGUAUAUCUUGUAUAUAUUGCCAUAAGACCUCGUCAACAAGUGCAGUUGCGAAAAGUUGGAGCCAAUAGUCCUUACGCGAGGGUAACGAUAGAGCCUAAUCAGGCAGAAAAUUUAUAAUAGUUAAAUUAUUUUUUGUUUUAGGAUAUUUAUAAUAAAAUGUAUUUCAAACAUAAAAAA